GUGAACGUGUUUAUCGGAUCAGAAAUGAGUCUGACUGAUGAAUCAGGUCUGUGAAACUGCUCGGAUUCUCCUUUUGGAUCUUAAAAACCCGGGUUUUAGCGGAGAGACGGAGGAUCUGCAGACCAGAUCACACACUUCAUUCCGAUUUCAGUUCACUGACAGGACGUGUGGACAUUGGUGACAUUGUGGACAUUGUGUGUAACAGAUAAAAUGGUGGGAUUAACAGAAUUGUGUGUUGGCCUGAUGAUGCCCGUGUUCCACCUGGCGUUAGCACGAUUCAUCACAACCAACAACAACAGGAACGUGUUUCUCCACGAGACAUCUGCAGACUCGUUCCUGUCUCGCUCGCUGCUCUACAACAGCUGGGACUUUGAGCUGGUCACUCCGGGGAACCUGGAGAGAGAGUGCAUGGAGGAGAUCUGCAAUUACGAGGAGGUUAGAGAGGUGUACAAGGAUGACCAAAAGACGGCAGCUUUUUGGAAAAACUACGUCAACAGUCACGAUCAUUCUCCACGUGUUGAUGUUUCUGGUCUGGCUGCUGGAGUUGUAUCCGUGGUGAUAACGUUGAUCAUUGUGCUGCUACUUGGCUGCUACUGCUACAAGAAAAAAAGAAAAACUAUAAGGCGUGGGGACAGUGUCCCAGUGCGAAUGGCAGCAGAUGGACAUCCAGCUCCUGAGGUGGUUCCUCUAUCUAACAUCACUGCUCCGGGUCUGCCCAGUUACAACGAGGCCUUGAACCUCAGUGGGCAGUACGACGCACCUCCACCUCCGUACUCAGGAGCGGAACCCAACACACCAGCAGAACCUCAGCCUGAGGAGUGAGAGAGGGAGUGAGAGAGAGAGAGUGAGUGUGUGUGUGUGUGUGUGUGUGUGUGAGAGAGAGAGAGAGAGAGAGAGAGAGAGAGUGAGUGAGAGAGUGAGUGAGAGAGAGAGAG